AUGACGACAGUUGUGAAGCCCUUGCUACCGAGGAAGAAGCCGCGGACUACAAGAGUUCAUCGCGAAGAAGAAGAGGAACAACAGUUUCAACGAAGAUAUUCGGGAGAGGUGCCAGCGAAUGAAUGGUAUGGUAUUAUCAUGGAAUGUAGAUUUAUAUUUUUAUUUUCCAAUUUCAACAUACCCGUCGUUAAAUCGUGCGCGUGACGAACGCGACUAUGUGUUUUGUUUAAGUUUACAAUUUCGUUGCUAUGUGAUUAGCUGUAGUCCUGAUUUUAUGCGAUAGUUUUAUUGAAGAGGUCAGACAAUUAAUAAUUUUAUACAGACGUAUUUUUCUUGUGUUUGACGAAUUUUUCAUAUUAUUUUGCAGGUGUUCGUGCUCGAACUGCUCUGUCAGCCUUGUUACAAAAGCGCAGGAGUGCAUUUGCUGCAAAGAGAUUGAUCGCUGCGAAGAGGUCAUGGAAGAAGCCAUUGGAGACCGGACUGUAUGCAUAACCCUCCAUCCAGGGUUUGAAAGCGUCUGCUUAAAUCGCCACGUAUUAGUAGUGGCUGCACUGGGCCUAAAAACGCGAGCUGGAAAGUCGUACACAACUGUUCGUGGGCAAAGUAACAAAAGUGAUGAUGAGUAAGUGGGGGUAUUGUUGACUUUGUAUCGGAACGAUCGAACCUUACAUAGCAUUGAAUAAUUGAUACAUCUAAGCUUAUCGCCGUGGACUGAUCUCAUAGAAUCACAUUUUUUAUUUUCUAAAUGGCUUUAUUGCCCCAACUGCUUAUUUUUAAAAGGAGUAUUUAUUUAUCUCCAUCCAAUCCCUCCUUGAAUUAACAGUGAUCUCAUUUCUCUAACUAGAUUCCUGAGGUCUGUGGCCUAUCGCCAAUUUACAAGACUGCUGUGGAGUUAUAGCGGGGCUCCCGCGCGCGCGAAGCGCGCGUGGGACAGAGCCCCAUACCCAUGGAAUAUGGUCAACCUCUUUUCGUUUGGUUGUCACGUGAUUGACCGAGCGUACGUACGUACGUACGUACGUACGAGUCUACAGAUUGUAUGGGUGGGGUAGGGGAGACUAUCAAAAGGAAGGGAGGGGUGUCUCAGGCGUGUCUUGGCAAGCCCACAUCUUUAAUAUAGGACAUUAACAAUAUGGUCAAUUGACAGCUGUCCAAACGGGAUAGCCACUGACCAGUAUCCCAUGACCAUAUCGCGGGCUCAUGUGUCAACUCAUCGAGGUGACGUGAUUUAUUUGGAAGCUGUCCGCUGACCAGUUAACUGUUUUACUAGAUCGCGAACAACGUUCAAUCUCAUACUUUUACUAGUUUGGGAGCACAGGAAAACUGAUAAUGCACACAUAUUGGACAUCAAUGUUUUGAUCAAUUGACAGCUGUCAAAACAGAGUACCCGCUGACCAGUAUCACUUGACCGUAUCGCGGGCUCAGGUGUCGACCCGUCGAGGUCAAGUAUUUUUUGAAGUUAUCCGCUGACAAGUAAACUAGUUUUCAAGUGAUCGCAGGCUCAAGUUCAAUUUUUUUUCUUAAUUCAUAUGAAAUAUGUUGUGUUUAUGUGCUGCACAAUUAACAUUUUGAUUGCAAACUGACCUCGGACGUGAAAAUUCAGCCAGCUGUUACAGGCAGGGAAGACAGUUGCUUUUGUUUUUUCUCACAAUGGUCACGCGUUGGUCACGCUCUACGUCCAAUUUUUAUGCUCUGAUUGGUCAAAAUUUGACAUGUGAGUUCAUGCGCAAAAUUUAUGCAGCAUCUUGAAUCUUGUUUACUUUAACAGCUGAAGCUGACAGAGUUUUGUGUCAACUUGUGAUGUUUUUAACUGUCUUUUUCCACUGGAUGUACAAAGUGAAAUUCAGCUGCUAUCAGGAGUCUUCUGUUACUCAUGGCUAGUUUGUUUAUUGGAAUUUGGUUGAGAAAACGUCGCUUGUCAAAGUCGGAAAUCCGAUUUCGGAUGGCAUCGUUUUCGUUUUCACCUUGCUUGAUGCGUAAGAGGAUUGCAAAGUCUGAAGCGAUACUGGCUUUACCUGAUAACUUUCAGGAGCUGCAUCUCGAAUGGUAAGCCAGAGAAAUUAUUGUAUUUCAUGUUUGUUUUUUGUAUCUAAUUUAAUGAAGUGGAGCGUAGUUUAUGCGCGUUUGUAACAUUUGAGACAACGAUCUCACCGAGUAUCUGGUUUGAUAUAAUCUUACAGAACUUUAAAAAGCCUUUAGACAGUUUCUCACCGCAAAUAGAAAGAAAAUGUUCCAAAGAAUCUUUAGUUAUAAUUCUAGCCGGAAAAGAAAGCUUUGAGCGAUUUUCUUGCCUCGAGUUCGUCUUUGAAAAAACAAACACCGGGAAGCUGGCUUAAAACAUAAACUUCAGCAAACUUAAGCUUGAAGCUUGAAGACUCAGGAUAUUUAGGGACACUUUAAUACUUGUCUUCCUGAAUGAAAAUUGUUGUCUCUGUUUAUGUUUCACCGAAUUAUAUUUCUUUUAUUGAUUGUUGGUAGUCUCUCUUGCAAUUUUAAUGGCUAUGCCGAUUGUUUAAAGUCGUUCAGUGAACAUCGCUUGCAGGAGUUCUCAAAAUGCCGCGCGUUAAACCAUCAAAUAAAAAAUAAACAUGAUAAAUUCUUUAUUAUCUUGGAGCGUAACUCUGUUAAUGUUCAUUCAAACACUCGCCACAGCUCGCACUACAAAAGUGAGAACCGGAUGACCGUAUAGGUGAUUUUGGAAAAUUUUUUUAACAGUUUAUGAAUAUUGAAUGAGAGCAAUUUGUAUUGUGAAAUACUGCUUUCUGUCCAUGGUAUAAAAGGUUGGUUUACACGCACCCAGAUUUGUUGGCAAGAUUUUGCAAAGUAAACUUGUCGAACGCCAAAACGUUGGCCUGAUUUUUUUUCUAAGCCUAAUUGAUCUACGGUGAUCAAUAGCCAUUACGGCUCUUAAAUGUGAUAAAAGAUGAUUACCAGUUUUUGAGUGUACAUAUGAGGCUAUCAACUCGAUGUAAGCUUUGGUUCACUCUUGGGCUGUUUGCAAAUUAUUUUUCUCUAAAAUCAGGUAGCCUUUCCCUCAAAAGUCACAUAAAUGUGCUCUAAAGUUAACUGAAUUGUGGAAUUCGAAUACAAGUUUAUUGUUUAAUUUAAAUUAUAAAUUUACUAAUGGGAGCCUCGCUUUUAGCCCUGGCUAAAUCUAUAUAUUAUUGGUAGUUCCAGGCGAUACCCCUUGCCCUGUUGUGCCUACAAUAAAAUCAGGAAACAAUUUCCCAGUCAAAAUGGCCAUUAUCGUGGAUUCGAAGAUGAAGAAAAUGGAUAA